AUGGGAGGAGCUAUUGCCUUGAAAAUGCAUCUGAAAGAACCUCAAGCUUGGGAUGGCCUUAUACUUGUGGCUCCAAUGUGUAAGGCAAAGCUCUUUCCAAAGAAAGACAUGCGUCCGCUGUUCUACAGAGACCCAAGUAAAAGAAAACUGUCCUACUUUGAUGUGAUUAGCUAUGAUGACCAAGCGCGUCUGAAAACCGCUGUUGAACUUCUAAACGCGGCAAGUGACAUUGAGAUGCAAAUUAAUAAGGUCUCUUUGCCAAUGUUGAUACUACAUGGAGACGCAGAUAUAGUCAUAGAUCCCACUGUGAGCAAGUUCCUUUAUGAGCAAGCAACCAGCCAAGACAAAACGCUAAAACUCUAUCCCGGUGGCUACCAUUGCAUUCUAGAAGGUGACACAGACGAAAACAUUUUCACCGCAAUCAACGACAUAGUUGCUUGGCUUGAUGCCCACACCACUCCCAAGUAA